CCCUCCUACGCUAGGGCUAGGCCAGUGCUGUCAGCGUUGAACGUCGGAGCUCAACGGUGUCCAGUGGACAUCCAAGAUGACGUCUUCGGCAGCUGAGCCUUGCGGGGCCGAGUUGAGUCCUGUUGAUUUCAUCCAGCUGCAGCAGUACAUGGAGUACAGCACCAUGAGGGUGAAGGACGUGGUGAAGGAGUUCAAUGCUGGGGGCAAGCUGGUGCAACAUAGGUCUGGAGAUCGCAUCAACAGGACGGGUUUCUCACUCUUCCUCAAGACCUAUCUGGAGGCAGACAACCUGCCCGGCGAGCUCUGCCAGCAUCUCUAUCAGUAUUUCCAGGAGUCAGAGAUGUGCAAGCAAAAACAUAAAGACGAUGGUGUUUGUCUCAAGGCGAUGUCGUGCUACUUCUCUGUUUUGGAGGAGGGAAAGCCCAUGGAUAAACUGGAAUUUACCUUCAAGCUGUAUGACAAAGAUAGCAAUGGCUAUCUGGAUAAAUCAGAAGUGGACUCAAUAAUAACCCAGAUGAUGCGCGCGGCAGAUUAUCUUGGUUGGGACGUGACAGAGCUUAGAUCGCUGCUGGAGGACACAAUGACCGCUAUAGACGCGGACAGCAGCGGGACGGUGACCCAGCAGGAGUGGAUUGUUGGAGGGAUGAACAACGUGGCUCUCCUGGUGCUGCUUGGCUUAAAGAUUGCGGAGCAGGACAGCCAGCACACGUGGCGGAUGAAGAACUUCACCAAGCCCACCUACUGCUGCGUGUGUGAUGGGAUGCUCAUGGGUCUUCGCAAACAGGGCCUCUGCUGCAGUGUUUGCAAAUACAUGGUCCACAGUCGCUGUGCCAACAAGAAUCCUGCCCCAUGUGUGCGCACGUACGUCAAGAACAAGGCUGAGAUCGGGGUUCCCAUGCAUGACUGGAUCAGGACAGAGAGUGAUGCCAGUAAAUGUGACUCCUGCCCAAAGAAGAUUAAAACUCUGACAGGAAAACGCUGUGCGUGGUGUCAUCACAAGCGCCAUGAUGAGUGUGUGAAUGUGGGCUCUUCUGAGUGUGACUGUGGACCUCUGAGAGAUCAUAUUCUACCCCCAUGGUGCAUCAGUCCCCUUCUCAAGGAGGAUGAGGGCCACGGCUCAUGCGCAGAGAAGCCCCUGAUGCAUAUGACAUCAGAAGGAACCCACUUACACAUCACUCCUCCACCACAGACACAUCCUCUUUUGGUUUUUGUGAAUCCUAAAAGUGGAGGGAAACAAGGAGAGAGGGUAAUGAGGAAGAUGCAGUACUUCUUGAAUCCACGACAAGUCUUCAACCUCAACAAUGGAGGACCAAGCCCUGGGCUUCACUUCUUCCGAAACCUUCUGCAGUACAGAGUCUUGGUUUGUGGUGGUGAUGGCACCGUUGGCUGGAUCUUAGAUGCUAUUGACAAAGCAGAACUUCCAGUGAACCCACCCGUGGCUGUUCUGCCCCUUGGCACAGGGAACGACCUCGCCCGUUGUCUGCGCUGGGGAGGGGGAUAUGAUGGCUCAGACCUCAGAGAGAUCUUAAAGGAGGUGGAACAUGGGUCUGUGGUUCCCAUGGAUCGUUGGAGUGUGCAGGUCACCCAGAACAACCCCCAAGAGGAAGGGGACCCUGUGCCCUACGAGAUUAUCAACAACUACUUCUCCAUUGGGGUGGAUGCAUCCAUUGCUCAUCGGUUCCACACUUUGAGGGAGAAGAAUCCACAGAAGUUCAAUAGCAGAGCAAAAAACAAGCUGUAUUAUUUUGAACUGGCCACAUCUGAGACCAUGUCUGCUUCUUGCAAGAAACUGUCGGAUUAUAUUGCUAUUGAGUGCUGUGGGGUACCGCUGGACCUGAGCAGUAUGGACCUACAAGGGAUUGCUGUUUUGAACAUUCCCAGCAUGCACGGUGGCUCCAACUUGUGGGGAGAAACGCGGAAGGACGAGGCUGAGAGUGUCACAGAUUUGCCAGACGUCAUUGUAGAUCAUGACACUCUGAAGACCAAGUCCCAAGAUUUGAGUGAUAAGCGCCUGGAGGUGGUUGGUCUGAUGGGGGCUCUGGAGAUGGGCCAGAUAUACUCUGGGCUGAAGAGCAUGGGCCGUAGACUGGCCCAGACGGCCCAGAUCACAAUCAGUACAUUAAAAGCUCUGCCCAUGCAGAUAGACGGAGAGCCAUGGAUGCAGCCGCCAUGCACAAUCCAAAUUACACACAAGAACCAAGCAAACAUGAUGAUGGCAUCUCCCUUCAAGUCGACUGGCUUCUUCCACCUCAAAUGAAGACGGAACUUGAAUGCCCUGUGAAGUCUCCUACCUAACUUUGCUUGAUUUCCAUCUAGCUUCUUAUUCUGCCCCCAUGUGCUUGUCUGUGUCUGUCUGUCCAUCCAACUGCUUCUCAAAGAGGAAGUAUCACAUCAGUCACUAUUUCCAUGUUCACUUAAUAACCACAGACAAACAGAUCAGACUUGACUUUAUAAAUGUGCACAAGUUUCAUUCCUCCACAGAACAUGGUUCAUUUCAGAUGACAGAUGUACUUUUUAAAUGUGUUUGUGUUGGUUAUCAGUAACAGGUGUUGUAUUAUGCCACUUUGUGUUGUGCUAAAGAAGGAGAAAUAUUUGUGUUCAGUCCUUCAGAUGAAUUGCAUUUAACAAUUUGUGGUUUACGUUUUGGCAAUGGCACAUAUGAUUUUUUAUUGAAUGGGAGGGAACAGAUUCUCUCUAGGACUAGUAAACAUAUGAGGCUUUCAUGGCUUAAGCAGCAUCAUCGCUCUCUUUUGUGGUACAAUCCAUUUGCAAAAUCAAUGUUUUCAUUUUACUAAUGUAGGCUAGCUUUUUUCCAGUGUGGUUAUAAAUUAUUUAUUAACAUAGUAACAUUAUGAAAAUGAUGUGUUUGCUGUUUGUAUUUGCACACUUACAUUUUUAUUCUGUUUUAACCGGUGUUGUUCUAAUCUCCAGUUUGGAAAUGUGUUCAUCAUUUGUAAUAAAUUGAUAUUGAAGUGGUUUUGAUAAUUA